AUGACUCCUAUCCUCAAUAAACUAGGCUUGGCUCUCCUCUUCCUUCCCGCUACUUUCGCUGCGACCCCAGCUCUACAAAACCAGCCCCGUCUACGUUCAAACGCAACCCUGAACAUUGGAAAGUCUUCCAAGCUGGAUAGUCGCAGCCAUUCCGGUAUUUCGGAGCGCUACUUCUAUUGGGAAUGUCCCUCCGGCUACGAUGAAUGCAGCACAGAUACCUCUGUAUGCUGCCCUGCCGGCAACGGAUGCUGCGAGAACGGCUACUGCUCUGACCCUGGCGAUACUUGCUGUACUAUAGGCACUUGUCCCAGUGGCUGGGACUGCUGUGGUAACGAUGGAUACUGCUCGCCUGCCGAUGGGGAGUGUUGUGAGGGAGGGUACUACUGCAAUGCUGGAUACCAGUGCAAGAUCUGGGACGGGGAAGAACUGUGUUGUCCUGAUUCAGGGUGUAUUGGGUCUAGUGGUGGUGGUGAUCUGGGAAAUACUGUUGAUGUUGGAACGGGUGUUGCUGAGUCUACUACGACUUCGUACUCGUACACAUAUGAUACCUAUACCUAUGAUACUUACACCUACGACACCUACACCUACGCGAGCUAUGACUAUUAUUAUACGACAUACUACUGGUCUUACUGGUUCUAUCUCUGGACAUCUUACUCUCCAUAUACUGUACAGACGGUCACCUCUACCGAGACAACUACUACCACUAUCUGGUCUGCCUAUGCGACAGACUCUUACGACGCCGAUGAGUCUUUCACACUCAGUAUCGAACUUUAUACCUUCUAUACACCAUACUCGGCUACUUCCCUGAAGAGCUCGACAGAUCCCGUGCCUAUUAAAACAGGUGCUGCCGGUUCACCAACAGCGACAGGCAACGCUGGCUCUCACUCAGGUGUUGGUGCAGCUACUUCAGUGCACGUGAAUAGAUGGGUGCCUAUUGCGUGUGCACUUUUCGGUGGACUGAUGGGAGUUCUAGCUUUUGGGCUGUGA